GAAGUUUGCAGAAGCUCUUGCAGACAGAAAGCAGCAAACGCCAAAGAUGAAGAGAAGGCUGUAUGGAUAGAAAAAGAGAGGGUGGGGAGAAAGGAGAGCGAGGAGUUUAGACUUCUGUACCGUUUCCUCUCUCUUCAGUCUUUCUGUCGGUUUUUCUUUGCGCGCGUUGUCUCUCUUCUCUUCUUCUCUCCCCAGUUUUUCUCAACCUGUUCAUCUCCAGAAUGGAUGGAAGGCUAGUUCUUACCAUCCUGGUCCUGUGUGUCAAGAAUGUUGUAACCUUUGAAAACACGACAUCCACCUCCCAACCUCUCACACCAUCCGACUCCACUCCUGCUACCCCCGCUCCCACCACUUCCUGUGUGUGUAAUAUCUCCACUUCCUGUUCCCCUCCGACCAAGCCCGAGUCUCCGCCACCUGCGCUGGCCGUUGUCAAGAUCAAAUGGCAAGCAAAGUCCUGUAAGGGGGACGUACACCUGUGUCUCCUCUUGGGUGGAGACACCUGUCUCUCCACCCAUUCCUUACCACUCUGCUUUAACAGUUGGGCCAAUCUUAGCCUUGAACUGGCAGAAUCGUGUGAGAGGAAGGGCUGCGGGGGCUCCGCAAAGUGGACUAAGACCCCUGCUAGCUCUGAGGGUUACCAGAUCGGUAGGGAUGGAAGGGUUACCAAUAACUCCUGUACAACACUGAGGAUCCAAUGCGAAGUCGUCCCAGAUCAGUUAGUAGGCUAUAAGGUGGUGACUGGACUGCUGUGUGUUCUGGUGCUGGUGGUGCUGAUGGUGCGUUUCGGGCAGCCCUCCCUCAAGGCCCUCCGUAAGAGAUUGUCAGACAAGAGACAGAGUCGGUGGAUCGGACCUACGCAGAGCCAAAGUGUCUCCUACCAUAGAGGGAAGGCUGGACUCCAACUUAACGACAACACAGACAAGAGACACUCCUACCCUGGAUUGGAGAGGCUGACGGUGAACACUAGCCGAGAGCCGUCGUCUAACAGAAACAGUGAUUAUGACUCUUAUAACUUGUGAUCAUCAUCAUCAUCAUCAUCAGUCAUAUUCUCCAUCCUCUAUGACAAAAUACUGUACAUGUAUUUUUUUUAUUUUUUUUUAUGCUAAAUGUAAUAUUUUUUUAUGUUAAAUGUAAUAUUUUUUUAUGCUAAAUGUAAUAUUUUUUUAUGCUAAAUGUAAUAUUUUUUUAUGCUAAAUGUAAUAUUUUUUUAUGCACAUAAUAUCAUUUUUUGUUGUUGUUUCUGUGUGUAAUUCAAUCGUUCACUUCUUUUAUUGAAUAAAAAGUCAAGUUUG